CAUUUUUGAUUAAUUCAUAUACUUUCAUCUUUAUUUUCAACCUAUAUGUAUGACGUUUCAGGUGCUGCUAUUGCGACAGAACUGACAUCUCUUGGGGGAAAAACAAAACACAAUAUUGAGUUACAACGUUUUAAAAGGUGGCCAAUUAAAAUGUUUUGUAACUAGGGUGUGUUUAAAUACCCCGUUAGCUGUGACAUUUCUAAAGGACCUCGCAGUAUAAUCUUAAUAGAGAUGUCACAGAUACAGUAGGAGCUGACAAAGAGGAGCUGGUCAUGUGAAUAGAAUUGUGAAGGAUUCCACCUGCAAAUAAUUCCAUGAUUCUGUCUCUCGGGGACAGUGGAAUGGGGCUGCAAGUCACGGUUCUUAGUAGCCGAGGAUAUUAGCAUUAACCGCACACCAAGAGGGAGAGCUGUGUUAAUUCUGCUGUCAUUUGCUGUUUAGGCAGCAUUGUAAGUGCACAGAGACUCGCAGAGUGAAAACGGCAGAUCUAUGGUUGGAACUGAGCUUUUUCUUCGCCAAUGCAAAAGGAAAUAUGCAGCGCAGUUUUGCCUUCUUCUACACCAGCUUUCUGGGGGUGGUUUUAGGUGUAAAUUUUCCAAAUAAUAUUAAUAUAGGGGGUUUAUUUCCUUCCGAUUCCCACGAACAUGCUGCCUUUCGGUUUGCAAUGUUUCACCACAAAGACAUCCCAAAACUGCAGCCCCAGGUGGAUAUGGUGGAUAUCAAUAACAGCUUUGCAAUGACAUAUGCUUUUUGUUCGCAGUUUUCAAAAGGAGUCUACGCCAUCAUUGGAUUGUAUGACAAAAAGACUGUAAACAUGCUCAUGUCCUUCUGCGGAGCUCUGCAUGUGUGCUUUGUUACACCAAGUUUUCCCAUCGAAACUUCAAACCAGUUUGUCAUGCAGUUACGGCCGGAGUUACAGGAUGCCCUGGUCAGCGUAAUAGACCAUUACAAAUGGACAAGAUUUGUGUAUAUUUACGAUGCAGAGGCAGGACUGACGGUUCUACAGAAAGUGCUGGACACUGCUGCAGAGAUGAACUGGCAGGUCACCUCUGUGAACGUGGAAACCACCACCGAGGACGGCUACAGGAAACUCUUUCAAGAUCUGGACAAGAAAAAGGAGAGGCAGAUUGUCCUCGACUGUGAGCUGGACAGACUCAACGCUAUUUUAAACCUGAUCAUUAGCUUAGGAAAGCAUGUGAAAAGCUACCACUACAUCUUUGCCAACUUGGGAUUCAUGGACAUUGACUUGAAUCAGUUCAAGCACGGUGGCGCCAAUGUGACUGGGUUUCAAGUGAUGAAUUACACAGACCGGAAUGUCAACAGGAUCAUGCAGCAGUGGUUGGAGUUUGAUAGCAGAGAGCAUCCCAGGGAACCCAGGAAGAGGCUAAAGUAUACAGGAGCGCUUACCUUUGACGGUGUCAGAGUCAUGUCUGAGGCCUUUCAGAACUUGAGGAAGCAGCGAAUUGAUAUUUCUCGAAGAGGGAACGCUGGUGACUGUCUUGCCAACCCUCCUGCACCAUGGGGCCAGGGGAUAGACAUUCAGAGAGCGCUGCAGCAGGUUCGUAUAGAAGGCAUGACUGGAAAUAUUCAAUUUAACGAGAAAGGACAUCGCACCAAUUAUACCAUCCAUGUGAUGGAGUUGGCACCUAUUGGAGCUAAGAGGGUCGGGUACUGGACUGAAGACGAUAAGUUUGUGAGCACAGAGACAGACUCCCAUGCAGGAAAUGAAUCUACAGGGUUACAAAAUAGGACCUACAUCGUAACGACGAUUCUAGAAGCUCCCUAUGUAAUGCUGAAGAAGAAUCACGAGCAGUAUGAAGGCAAUGAGAAGUAUGAAGGCUACUGUGUGGAGCUGGCGGCGGAAAUUGCCAAGCAUGCUCGCUACAAAUACAGAUUAGAAAUUGUACCAGAUGGGAAAUAUGGAGCCAGAGACCCAGACAGCAAAAUGUGGAAUGGCAUGGUGGGAGAGCUGGUCUAUGGUAGGGCGGAUGUUGCAGUUGCACCCUUGACAAUCACGUUGGUAAGAGAAGAGGUAAUUGACUUCUCCAAGCCGUUCAUGAGCCUGGGUAUUUCAAUCAUGAUCAAGAAGCCUCAGAAGUCUAAGCCAGGGGUGUUUUCCUUCCUGGACCCCUUAGCCUAUGAGAUUUGGAUGUGCAUCGUCUUUGCCUACAUUGGGGUCAGUGUAGUGCUCUUCCUGGUCAGCCGUUUCAGCCCCUACGAGUGGCACUGUGAAGAGUUUGAGGAGGGGCAGGAUCAGCAGCAGCAGCAAAGCCAGGAGCAGCAAACCAACGAGUUUGGGAUAUUUAACAGUCUCUGGUUCUCCCUGGGGGCCUUUAUGCAGCAAGGAUGCGAUAUUUCGCCAAGAUCCCUCUCUGGUCGCAUUGUCGGAGGCGUGUGGUGGUUCUUUACCUUGAUCAUAAUCUCAUCCUACACGGCCAACUUGGCUGCCUUCCUGACGGUGGAGAGGAUGGUCUCUCCAAUUGAGAGUGCCGAGGACCUUGCCAAACAGACCGAUAUUGCAUACGGAACUCUAGAUGGCGGAUCCACAAAGGAAUUCUUUAGGAGGUCCAAAAUAGCAGUGUUUGAAAAGAUGUGGUCAUACAUGAAGUCUGCAGAGCCGUCAGUCUUUGUGAAGACAACGGAUGAAGGAGUGAUCCGGGUAAGAAAAUCCAAAGGAAAGUAUGCGUAUUUGCUGGAGUCCACUAUGAACGAAUACAUCGAACAGAGGAAACCCUGUGACACCAUGAAGGUGGGAGGCAAUCUGGAUUCGAAAGGAUAUGGAAUAGCGACACCCAAAGGAUCUCCAUUAAGAACUCCUGUAAAUCUAGCUGUAUUGAAACUCAAUGAACAAGGCAUCUUAGACAAGCUGAAAAUCAAAUGGUGGUACGAUAAAGGGGAGUGUGGAAACAAGGACUCUGCAAGUAAGGACAAGACCAGUGCCCUGAGCCUUAGUAACGUGGCUGGAGUCUUCUACAUCCUUAUUGGUGGGCUGGGACUAGCCAUGCUGGUCGCCUUGGUUGAAUUCUGUUACAAGUCACGAAGCGAGUCGGCGCGAAUGAAGCAAAACAUCAAUGAAGCCAUGAGGAGUUCAACCCUAACCAGAAUGACUGGAACAGGGAGUGGAGGUGAGAAUGGGAGGAUAAUGAGUCACGAUUUUCCAACGUCAGUGCAGACACUACCUUGCAUGAGCCACACUGCUGGGAUGGGACUAAGUGCUACUGGAAUGUAACAUGGAUGAACAGGACAGCAAACCGGGCUUUCUAGAAAUCUGCUGCCAAAAGGACAAUGGGCUUAUAAAAAAAAAACUACAUUAAAAAAAGUACUAAGAACUUAAAAGAUUUACUUUUCUAAACAAAAAUGUUUGUUUAAAAACGAUCAUGUUCUGCAAUAAAGAAGACAACUGGACUCAUUAGGUGUACAUUUACAUGUAUGUCACACAAGGAAUCGAUCUGAAAUGAAGGUAGGGCUGUACCAGUUAUAUAGACUUGUUUACUUAAAGUCAUGGUGUGCAAUAUAUUGGUUUUUAUUAUCAGUGUUCAGUAACAUUGUCUGCCUUCUCUAAUGCUUUCUUUUUACAUUUUAUUUGAAAUUUGUGACUAUACGCUGUUUUUUUUGUUGUAGUCAAAAGUAGUACAAACAAAUAAUAACAAUAAUAAUAAUUAACACUCCGCCAUUGAUCCCCCCAUCCUUGAUUUAACUAUUUUCUUAAAGAUGGCAUUUUGCAGAACUUUAAAAUAUGGGUGACAUUUUUAAGUGUCAUUAAUAACAACGUAGUAACACACAGUUGUUACAUAGUACUACAAUGUGUAAUUACAGUACUAACUAAAGCUUUACUAGCUUGUUAGAACUUUUGUAACACAGUAACUACACAACAUUAGUAAUUACAUUUUAGAUGCUGUAAUUAAUGAUGCAUAAAACUAAAACCCUUUUAUUGCGCCUCUGUUGUCUGUCAACUGCUGGUAAUCCAGUCGUCACAGCAUUCAAAACAGAUCUCCUUCCUUGCAUGGUGUGAUUGAGUAGAGCACUGCCAUACCACAGUGCCACCUACUGACCGAAAUCUACUGUGCCGCUGUACCUGUAAUAGAGAAUGGAUUGCGUAUCCCCCAAAAAAACAAUGGAGCUUAAACGGCAAACCCUCUAUCGACGUUAAUUUCAUUCCAUAAACUCAAGUUCAUGAGUUCUCACUGGCCAAAGAAAGUGUUUGUCUGAGAAGGAGAUGCAAACAAAACAGAAUGUGUCUCCCUUGAUGGGGAGCAGUCUUAAUAAAAUGUGACAUGUUGGAUGGGCACAGUGCAUUGUACUGCAAGUAGCUUUUUGUAUAAUGCAGGUUUAAUUAGCAGUGACAAGACUUCACUGGAACAAAUGUGAUUGAAUUAUCCUUUAAAAAGGAGAAGGAUUAAGACUAAGGAGAUUUCUUUAGAGAGCCAACUUUUUGUUGUUGUUUUGCUGCUUUAAAAUAAGAUAAAAUAUCCUCAACUGUAUAGUAUUUUUUUUUCUCCAAAAGGCUGUGGAGCCAACCCAAAUCAAACAGAUUGUUCAUGGCAUUUUAAAGCUACUAAAAGUGACCGUACAGUGACAAGUCAUAAGACAGGACAUUAAGGGACAGUCUGAACAUUUACUGCUUUGGAGUUGUGCGCUGUUUUUAAAGGCUACCUCGAUAGACUCAAUCAGCUUAUUUGAUAGAAAUAAUCAACAUAUUUGUCUGACCUUCCCAGCUAAAAAAAGAGCAUUGCUAGUGCUGCUACCAGUAACAGUCAUUAAUAAUAAGCUGUUUUUUUUUUGUUUGUUUUUUUUCCGAUCUCGUCAAUAGACACCCUGUCCGGAUUUAGAAUCCCUACUGCUACAUAACAAGUCCUCCUAGGUUGAGUCUUUAAAACUGUCCCUUCACGUACAAAGACGACAGAAUCUGAAGUUUUGAUGUUAGAUGUAAUGUAAAAAUGGAAAAAUGGUACUGAAAGUUAUUUUUUUCUUGUGUUCCUAUUCUCCCCUAUCAGUAAUUAAACAUUACAAUAUCUCUCUUCUAUUCACUUUCAAAAAAAAAAAAUGCUACAAUUGAAAUUACCAAACGUCAUAAAGGCUCCCAUUCACAGCACAGCAAAGCCUGUGUGCGCACUGAAGGAAAGUCCACAGCAUGUUGUUAGCCAGUCUGUGAUAAUGGGCAUUGUCUAAAAGCUCAGAAAUACAAGACAACAGUACAGGACUGCUCAUUUAUAUCUGUAAUCACCCAGUAAGGCAUGUAGUACAGAAGCUCUGAUAUAAGGUAAUAACAGAUCAACUGAAAAAAAUAUGGUUAUGUUUUUAAACGAGUGACUGUUGAAGGCCUGGAAUUCUAAGGAAGUCAAUAUUCAGUCAUAAUUUGUAAUGUCUGUGUCCAUCUUUUCUAGACUAAGAGUUUAGAAUCUACUUUUUAUAGUAAACAAUCAAUUCUAAUUUGUAAAAUUUACAUCACUGUGUUUUAGAUGCUUUGUUCUGUAAAGCUGUUCGUCUUUUCCAUUUUCAGUUAAAUACAGUAUAGUACAAUAACAUUUCUAAAGCUUCUUUUGUGAGCAUAAUGUCUAAAGGCCCAGUACAAUAAAAAGCUAUUGAUCUGGAUUUCCAGUAAUACACGCACCGGAAUUGUCACAAUUGAAACGCUUACAAUAGCACCAAAAACAUGCAAAAAGGUCACAACAUAUGAUCAGUGAGUGACAGGGGCAGUAACUACAUAUUCAGCAGUCCUUGUUCUUGGAACAACUGCAGUAGUCUAUGAAUUCCACGAAUGUACUCUAUAAAUACAAAGUAUUUGACCUGUGUAUUUUGGCAUUACCCACGCGUGUUUUCUGUUCAUCCGGCUUGAAAAUGCCUACUUUUAAAUGGAGACACUCCUUUGAAUCAGUUAUUAUCUGAAGAUACAAGUGGAUAAGCUGUUUUUGCCCUUAGACCAGCUGGUGUUUGUGAUUUAUUUUUCUGUGGCCAUCAGUUUGCUUUGGAAUACCGAUAAGCAUAGGAUAAAAAGUCCAGGAUUUGUAAUAAGCAAAGUACAAAACCAAAUUCGUUCAAAAAUAAAUUUCUAACAUGCUUCCAGCUAUAUGCCAUAGAAUUUAAAAACAUAAUAAAGUUGCCUAGCAUUUGGUUACUAAAUAGAUCUACAACGUUGCUUGCAUACUGUGUAUAAUGUUUCUGUUUUUUAAUGUCGAGAUUUUUGGUUGAUUAAUUUAUAUUUCUGUAAGUAAUAUAUCUUACUAAUUUCUAUUUGUUUGUGAAUCCACCAGCAGUUGUAGUAAUUUUGUAAUAUUUACUAAACUAAAUUGCUUGCUAUUAGUGUACAUUACGUUUUGUGUUUUGUUUUGAUUUUUAACUGUCAAAACUCUACCUUCGGAUCUCCUGAUCCUCCUGUGAGCUCAACCGUCCAAACAGCAUCCUUACACAGUGUCCUUCAGUACAGCACUCUAGCAGCACAGUGUCACCUAACCAUGCCACUGGAAUAGCACAGCAGACCAUCCCCGCAAAACAGUGUGCUUUUAGAGCACCACAAGGAUUAUUUACAAGAGCAAUAGAGUCAGAGCAUGGUGUCUGAUCUGUGGAGGCAGGUUGACUACAGAACUGAGUGUUUCCGGAUCACAUUUCACAAACUGCACCGCAUCUGUGUCAUGUUAAUGUUUACUGUUAUGUGUAAAGCUGUAAAGCUUUUGCAACUUUGUUUCUGCGACAGCUCAACCCACAACCACACUUAAAUCACUCCCUCACAGUGACCUUCUGCACAGAACUCAUGGUAUAGUUAUGCAAAUUGUGGAAAAUGGUUUGGAAGCUCUCCAAUAUCUUUGAUGGGGGUAGAUAUGAACUAAGUCCCUAUAGGCUUGCAUUUGGAAAGUAUUAUCGAGUCUGGUGUUUCAUACAGGGCACUGUUAAAUUGUUAUCCAUCCAACCAAAUCAGAAACAGUUUUUUUUUAGGGAAAGAAAAACAAAGAUGUUUUUUCCUCCUUAUUGACCAAUAAUAUGGCACAACACAACCAGGGAAAAUGGGAAACAAAUUGUUAACUUCACUUAAUUAAAAAAAAGGUUUUAUAAAACAAAGAAUAUUUGUACAUUUAAAAAACACUAUUUAAGAUAUUCAGUUCUGGCGUGAUAUUCGGUUCUGACUAAUGGUAUCAGAUUAAAAAUGGAGAUGCUGGUGUGAAAUCUAAUACAAUAACAUAGUUUUACUUUAAUCUUUGUGUUUUUAGGUUACUAAUUGAUGAGAGAUGUUUUAUUUUGCUCUAACACUCUAUUAUGUGGUUAUUAGAUUCUGUUAUACUACAGCACUAUGGCAUUCUCGUUUGUUCAUUUCAACUCUACCCUUACUAUAUUUUCAAAUGAGAUGUGACCUUGAGGUUCUUCCUGAUGAUAAAUCAACUGUUAAUCAAUAAAUAAAUUAAACUUUUUCGUAUGACAGGCCUAUGAGUUUGGAAUGUCAUUUACUGUACUAUUUUGAAGGAUUUUGGUAUACUGUAUAUAUAUUUUUGCAUUUCAUAUGUCUGUGGUUGUCAACGAUUACACGUGUAAAGGUGUUCCAUUUUGACCAGUUCCCUUUUUCUUUUUUAUUGUAGUCGAUGUACCUCAUCUUACUGUAGCUACAGCCUAUUUUGACUCUUGUCUGUAAGUACUGCAGUGAGAAAACAAUGCACAUUAGAUAUCUGUUCAGGCUGAAAUAAAAAAAAAGGACUGGUAAGGAUCACAUGGUAACAUUCACAAUCAUGUGAUCAGAAGGGUGGGUGUUUUAACUGACAGCACUGGGGUGAUUUGGAGGGUGUUACCAAGUGUAUUUAAGCUCAUUAAAGCCACUAAGAGAAAACUAUACUGUUUAUUUUUGCAUCAUUUAAAACAGCAGCCAAUUAUCUGAACUAGCAUUCUGUACUAUAAAAGUGUUAUCACUUGUUUGGUUGUUUUUUAUUGCAUGUUAGCUUUUUUUUCAAAUCUUUGCUACUGACCAGCUCCUUAUAGUGAACAGCUCACAAUCCUGACUACAUUAAUUUCAUUUUAAUUUGGAGGCAACCUGAACAUCUCCCUCUAUUUAGACUAUUUUACUGGGCCCCUUUGUCUUAAUAGAGGGGUUCUGAAUAGCUAUUUCUCCACCAAACUGUUGCGCUUGGUGAUAUUGUUUACUCUAAAUGUCCACGGUUGUCUGAAAGAAAUGUAAAACAAUUUGUGUUCCCUUUGCAUCACCUACUGUAAAAUACUUUUUAUGUUUUUUUUUUUUUGUUUUUGUUUUAAAUGAGCAACCAGUGUUCCAAUGCCUCUAUUUCUCAUUUCUUAUUUUCAACCUUUAAGACGGCUCAUAAGAAUGACCCAUCAGAUACACCACAAUGCAGCAUUCCUCUGUUGUGAUUAGACUUAGAACAUGCUGGAAAGAUCGAUGUCAACGGUGUCAGAAAUUAUAAAUUAAUUUCAUGUCUAUAUAUUAGAUCGUCAUUGUUUUGACACUUUGAAAUAAAGUUUUUUUUCAUACUA